AUGCGAGCCAAACGCAGUAAAAAGUAUCGGAAGAUCAUGUCGUCUUACCAGAUGACCUUCUCCUUCCGCGAACCAUACCAGGUCCUCCUCGACUCGCAUUUCCUGAAAGCCUGUCAUCACUUCCACAUGCCACUACAAAAGUACCUGGAAAACACCCUGCACGGAGAAUGCAAAUUGUUCAUGACGAAGUGCACGUUGGCGAAGAUCAUGGACGACUUUGAGAAGCAGAAGCAAAAGCAGAAGGACAGAUCGAAAGAGGAAGAAGGCAAACGACCACGAGGACCUUGGAGACCGGAAUUUCUUCCUCCGCCUACAGAAGUGCCCUUGCGGCAUUGUAAGCAUAAAAACGAAGAGGGUGAAGAGCUGGGAAUCGUCAGCGAAGCCCGGUGUCUACUGGACCUGCUGGCAGGCCAGCCGCACGGGAACGAGCAGGCGAAGAACAAGCAACAUUACAUCCUGGCAACGGCCGAGGCGGAUGAACAUGAACGAAAAGCCAGGGGAUUUCUGGAUGUGCGAGAACGCGCUAGACUGAUCCCCGGCGUGCCAAUCGUUUAUGUCAAGCGGAGCGUCAUGAUCCUUGAAGAAUUGAGUGGCGCAAGUGAGAACGUGAGACGGAAAGGCGAAAAAGAGAAACUGGCACAUGGACUGCUGGGGGUGGGAGACAGAAAGAGGAAGAGGGGCGAUGGAGAGGAAGAUAGUGACGACGAGUUGGAUCUGGGAGAGCAAGAGGGUGGACCUAAGGUUCGGGGACUGAAGAGGGCUAAAGGCCCCAAUCCUCUGAGUGUUAAGAAGAAAAAGGCCAAAGGUCCAACCCAAACAGGUGCAAAUGGCACAGGCACGGGUGCCUCAGAGCAAGAAUCUCAAUCAAAACGGAAGCGGAGGAGGAAACAUGGCGCGAACAAGUCGGCCGACGAGACGGGAGGUCCGCCUGAGCAGGGUCACACAGCGUCUGCCACUGAUUCGGAAGCAGUGUGA